AUGGAAAAGUUCUAUCUUGAAAAUGCCGACUUCUACCGAGCUCUGCUAAAAUCACUCAACAAGACCUCGCCGGAGUCUCGCACGCCACAGCAGCUUGCUACCGAAACAAAUAGUCCAGAUGUCGUUGUUUGUGCUAGAAUACGGCCUUUGCUUGAAGAAGAUGUUGCCGCGGGCUUUCCAUGUGCCGUCUUCCCGCGUGUGGCGCGACCUGGCAUCAUAGACAUCCAUGAUCUCUAUAAUCAUCCAAGGGGACGGCCCAUUCUCAAGGCAGACACGGGUGAGAUUUAUGACAGCCUGGUGGCUGACUUGGUUGCCUUUGCAUCCAACGGGGGCGUUGGAACUCUAUUUGCCUACGGGCAAACCGGCUCCGGAAAGACCUUUACAAUCAGUCAACUCGAGAAGCUUGUUGCCAUGUCGUUGAUGGAAGGAAACGACACAAGCCAGCGGCAAGUGCACAUGACAAUUAUUGACCUUGCCGGAAACUCAGCCCAUGAUUUGCUUAACUCGCGUGAGCCAAUAUCAAUUCUUGAAGACUCGUUUGGAGCCACACAGCUAGCAGGUGCAGUCGAGCACCAGGUACGGUGCCGAGAUGACAUGAUGGAGCUGAUUGAACGAGCUGCAUCCUUUCGACGCACAGCGCCCACUCUAAAAAACGACUCAUCGUCCCGGUCCCACGGCAUUUGUCGAAUACGUAUUACAAACCCAGCAGCUGGCCCAGACUCAGCCGGGCUUCUGUAUCUAAUCGACCUAGCUGGCUCCGAGGCUGCGCGUGACGUUGCGACGCAUGGCGCGGACCGCAUGCGGGAAACCCGUGAGAUCAACAUGAGCUUAUCAGUCUUGAAGGACUGUAUCCGCAACAAGGCCGAGCUAGACGCUCUGGCAUCCGCGGGUCGUGGUCGGAAAUCGAAGCAAAGGAAACCACGGGUUCCCUUCCGACAGAGCGCAUUGACCAAGGUCCUGAAACAUGUUUUUGAGCCUUCAGUUGACCGAGCUUGUAGAAUGGUCGUUAUAGCCUGUAUAAACCCGAGCAUUGCUGAUGUUGGCCCGAGUAAAAAUACCCUGCGAUACGCGGAAAUGUUGCGUGUUAUGGUUCCGACCACUUCUGCAAAAGUGAACCAAAAUCACAUGGAUCCAAUGACUUGGACCGAUGAGCAGUUGAAGGACUGGAUUAUCGACAAGUCGGGUGCUUGUUCUGUUGGAUCUGCUGGCGUGCCUUGGGCAAAGUCUUUGGCUCAACUCGUACGCUUGUCAAAAGAAGAGUUUGAAAACAAGUGCCCUGGCAUGAUUGGAUUCAGCAGCGAGCAAGUGAAUUCCAUCAGAUCAAAGUUGUGGCAGAUGCACCUCGACUCCCAACACGGCAGCCCCGGGACCAGGCUCGACGACCCUGCUGGCGUUGACGGUGCCAAUUUACGUGGUCAGAGACCAACGAGCCGAAUCUUGACUCGGGAGCUGAACAAUCCCACUACCGUACCCCUCAGAAAACGCCUUCGUCCUGGCAUGAUUGUUAGUUGGAACCGGUCCCCCAGCUCUGAUGUAGGUGCCAGUAUAUCGGGCGGAUCUGGGAUGGCUGUAAUCCUUUGCCCUGUCCAGAAUUUGGAUGGCACCUUUAUAGAUGGCGCUGCAAAUGUGGUGAACCCUACCCGGAGCGUAGAGACCGGCACACAGGCUCGAAACAGCCAUGGCCAGGGGCGGUACUUGUGCGGACAACUGACUCCGGGACAGGUGCCGGAGAGCUACGAGUUGAGUUUGUGGCACCAGAUUGUUAUUGAUGUCGAUGCCAUGGAGAAAGAGGUCAUCAUGGAGUAUGAUGCGCAAACUAGGUAUUAUUAUGUCUCUUUGUAG